AUGCCUCUCGUCGCACAGAACCCCCUACCAAGGGUCAUCCUUGGGUUAAUGACAUUUGGUCCGGACGAGUCUGCAGGGGCUCGGAUCACCUCAGUCGACGAGUUCAACAAGUGCCUGGACCUUUUCCAACAGCAAGGCUUCAAUGAGGUUGACACUGCGCGCACAUAUGUCGGAGGACAACAGGAAGCUUUCACUGCUCAGACGAAGUGGAAGGAGCGUGGGUUGACCUUGGCCACCAAGUGGUACCCCGGGCAGCCGGGCUACCACAAGCCACACGUCAUUCGUGAGAAACUCGAGCUCUCACUGCAGAACCUGGGUGCAGACUGUGUUGACAUCUUCUACCUUCAUGCUGCCGACCGCUCGGUCCCCUUCACGGAAACCCUGGAGGCUGUCAAUCAAUUACACAAGGAGGGAAAGUUCGUCGAGCUCGGUCUGAGUAACUUCACUGCCUUCGAGGUAGCGGAGAUCGUCACAGUCUGCAACGAGAGAGGCUGGGUACGCCCGACCAUCUACCAGGCCAUGUACAAUGCUAUUACUCGGUCCAUUGAAACCGAAUUGGUCCAUGCUUGCAAGCGGUAUGGCAUCGACAUUGUGGUGUACAACCCGCUUGCUGGUGGAAUCCUGUCUGGAAAGUAUAAGACCCAGGAUAUUCCCGAAGACGGCAGAUACAGCGAUAAGUCUUCCACUGGCACGUUGUAUCGCAAACGCUACUUCAAGGACGCGACCUUUGAUGCCCUGCGGGUUAUCGAGCCUGUCGCAGAGAAGCACGGUCUGGCAUUGCCGGAAAUUGCGUUCCGCUGGAUCCGUCAUCACUCUCUUCUAAACAUCAAGGAGGGUGGCCGAGACGGCAUUAUCGUGGGUGUGAGCAGCAUCGCACAGCUAGAGAGCAAUCUCAGAGACAUCCAGAAGGGCCCAUUGCCCGAAGAAGUGUUGGAAGCCCUGGACAAGGCAUGGCUGAUUGCGAAGCCCACGGCGCCGGAUUAUUGGCACCUCGACCUGAAGUACACAUAUGAUACGAAGGAGGCAUUGUUCAAGCCGAAGGCAAACGCCUAA